GUCUUGUUAUACACAUUGUGAAAACUAAUUGUACAAAAUGAGUGGCAUAGUUUAUGUGUUGGCUUUUGUUUUAUUCAAUUGCCCGAUGGCCACAGCAUCCACAACUGGGAAGGAGUUUGUCACUGGAUUUCUGAGCUAUGCUGGAGAAAACAUUUUCAAAAUAGAUAUUGCCUCGCAAACAAGUGCUGAAGUCCUUGUUUACGUACCAUAUCUUCAAAUAAAUAGAACAUGGGUGUUUAACAAAACACUGUCUUUCGCUCUUGACAGUAGCAUUGCGCUUUUCGGCACGCGAAUGGGACAACACGGCGUUUUUAUCAAAUCAAAUGUGGACAUAACAGUUUAUGUCACCACUUCAUAUAGUCCUGGUGCGGACACAUAUGUGAGCAUACCGAUUGAAUCACUAAGUAAUAAAUAUCAGAUUGCCAGCUAUGCGCCUAACUAUAUUUCCUCAUACCCAUCCGUAUUUAUGGUGAUAGCUGCGUUUGACGACACGUCGAUUAACGUUUCAUUUCCUAACGGUACAACUAUUUCAAAAUCUCUUAACUGGUUGGACAUUUACCAGGAAGCAAGUUCAACAAGCGAUCUCACUGGUACUUUUGUUCAGUCCAGCAAACCCGUGUCUGUUAUCAGCGGAGCAUCAUUGUCAUACGUUGUAACUCAUACAUCUGGCUAUUAUGAUAUGUUGGUGGAACAAGUCAUUCCACUCAAUGCCUUUGAAUCCCUUUUUAUCGUUCCUCCGAUUUACAAUUCAAAGCAAUUUAUAGUUCGUAUUUUCAGUAGUCAAAGUACUAACAGGGUAUGUGUGAAAGACGCAUCAUUCGAAGAUUGCACAAUGGUUGGAUCGACUAAAUGGAUUGAGUCUGCAGCAAAACGUACACCUUUGAUCGUAACUAGUCAGGAACCGAUUUCCGUAGUACAAUACAAGGAAAGCGACUCGUACAUGACCAUUAUUCCAGGAAUACGGCAAUUUAUGAAUUCUUAUGCCUUUGUUGUACCCGAGGUCUAUAACGGAUACUUGUAUGUUGCUCUAACCGUACUGACGUCUGCAAUUCACACGCUUCGUCUAGACGGAAGAUCACCAGCAGACGCGAUUAUUGACAAGGCAAAUGUCCCUGCUCCAUGGAACGAAUAUACAGUCCUCACCUGCAUGAUAACACUUGGAUAUCACGUUAUUACAUCCAACGAAACAAGUGUUACGUUCGGAGUGCUUGUGUAUGGAUACAUUGAUUCUGGGAGAGCAUUUGCUUUUCCAGCUGGAAUGCUCCUACAUCUUGACGAAUGCGCAUCGUUCCAAUGCCAUAACGGUGGAACAUGUUCAGAUGGUGUUAACCGUUACACUUGUACAUGUGCGGCUGGCUUCAGUGGAAAGAACUGUCAAACCAAUAUUGACGAAUGCGCCUCAUCCCCAUGUCUGCACGGUGGUACGUGUUCAGAUGGUGUCAACGCUUACAACUGUACAUGUCCAGCUGGGUUCAGUGGAUGGAAGUGUGAAAACAAUCUUGACGAAUGCGCAUCGUCCCCAUGCCAACACGGUGGUACAUGUUCAGAUGGUGUUAACCGUUACUCUUGUACAUGUUCGGCUGGCUUCAGUGGAAAGAACUGUCAAACCAAUAUUGACGAAUGCGCAUCAUCUCCAUGUCUGCACAGUGGUACGUGUUCAGAUGGUGUCAACGCUUACACCUGUGCAUGUCCAGCUGGGUUCAGUGGAUUGAAGUGUGAAACCAAUCUUGACGAAUGCGCAUCGUCCCCAUGCCAACACGGUGGUACAUGUUUAGAUGGUGUUAACCGUUACACUUGCACAUGUUCGGCUGGCUUCAGUGGAAUGAACUGUCAAACCAAUAUUGACGAAUGCGCAUCAUCUCCAUGUCUGCACAGUGGUACGUGUUCAGAUGGUGUCAACGCUUUCACCUGUGCAUGUCCAGCUGGGUUCAGUGGAUUGAAGUGUGAAACCAAUCUUGACGAAUGCGCAUCGUCCCCAUGCCAACACGGUGGUACAUGUUCAGAUGGUGUUAACCGUUACACUUGCACAUGUUCGGCUGGCUUCAGUGGAAUGAACUGUCAAACCAAUAUUGACGAAUGCGCAUCAUCUCCAUGUCUGCACAGUGGUACGUGUUCAGAUGGUGUCAACGCUUUCACCUGUGCAUGUCCAGCUGGGUUCAGUGGAUUGAAGUGUGAAACCAAUCUUGACGAAUGCGCAUCGUCCCCAUGCCAACACGGUGGUACAUGUUCAGAUGGUGUUAACCGUUACACUUGCACAUGUUCGGCUGGCUUCAGUGGAAUGAACUGUCAAAUCAACUUCAACAAACAGCUGAUAUGCUACAGUUGUGAAGACAUGUCUGACCUUGCACUCUGUGAUACAGUACAGAAAUGUGGCGAAGGGGAAGUGUGUGUGGUAGAGCGAACUUAUGCCAAGUACAGAUCGGGAUGUGCCAAUAGUUCGAUUUGUACGAAAUUUCCAAGUUCAAGACACUGUGCAGAAUGUUGCAACAACGACUACUGCAAUGGACGUGGAUGUGGGGAUGAAGGUUUGGUCGCAAGAAACGAACGGGGCCCACUGUGCUAUGACUGCAAUCAUGUUCGAACCAUUCAGCAAUGCACGUCCAUAAGACCGUGUAAUCAACACGAGACAUGCAGUAUCGAGGAAUUCGAAUGGCUGAAUCUCACACACUUCAAGCUUGGGUGUGUAGAUGCACCGUGCAGCGCUAUAGGGAACGGAGUUCUGCGUUCUUUGCCACGUUGCAAAUCGUGUUGUGAUCAAGACUUUUGCAACACCAAUUGCACACACCAUCAGUCCAUAGGCAUAAUUAAAAUGAGACAGUUGCUUUUCCUUGCUAGUGCGGCAGUGCUUAUAUACAGUAUCGUUCAUGAUUCCAUCGGGCAUCCUGCUGCAACAACAAUUUUAGAACCUGAUAUAACGUGUGGAAACUCAUGUUAUGGACCAAACACCUUGAGGUGCAAUCUUACAGAUCCAAACCCUUGUCAGUGCAAAAUCGGUUUCGAUGGUCUUAGAUGCGAAUCUGACUUUGAUGAGUGCAAAAGAGGACACCCUUGUAGAAACAGAGGACCAUGCACCAACACAAUAGGGAGCUUCAGUUGUGAAUGCCUCCAAGGAUGGUUUGGUGAUCACUGUGAAAAUGAAACGGGAGAUCCACUACAAUGUAUGCCGGGAUGGACUUUACCAAGAUGUACAACCGACAUUGACGAAUGCAAAGAUACAUCGCUUUUUAUAUGCGGCCACAACCAGCUAUGCAAGAAUAAUAUGGGCAAUUACACCUGUGUAUGCGACGAAGGGUGGUACACCACAGACAAUGGUCUUAACUGCGCGACAGAUAUAGACGAAUGUUUGAAAGAGCCAUGCUUGAACAACGGGACAUGUAAAAAUACUAUUGGUUCUUUCCACUGCGCAUGUACACAGAACUGGACUGGUUCAACGUGUGAAAUAGACCUCUUGACGAGUUUUGGACCAUUUUCUGGUGAUAUUGACGAAUGCGCAUCAUCCCCAUGUCUGCACGGUGGUAGGAGUUCAGAUGGUGUCAACGCUUACACCUGUACAUGUCCAGCUGGGUUCAGUGGAAGGAAGUGUCAAACCAACUCCAAUAAACAGUUGAUGUGCUACAGUUGUGAAGACAUGUCUGAUCUUGCACUCUGUGAUACAGUUCGGAGAUGUGGCGUAGGGGAGGUGUGUGUGGUUGAGCGAACUUAUGCCAAGUACAGAUCGGGAUGUGCCAAUAGUUCGAUUUGUACGACAUAUCCCAGUUCAAGACAUUGUGCAGAAUGUUGCAAUAACGACUACUGCAAUGGACGUGGAUGUGGCGAUGAAGGUUUAGUUGCAAGAAACGAGCGGGGCCCACUGUGCUAUGACUGCAAUCACGUUCGAACCAUUCAACAAUGCACGUCCAUAAGACCAUGUAAUCAACACGAGACAUGCAGUAUCGAGGAAUUCGAAUGGCUGAAUCUCACACACUUCAAGAUUGGGUGUGUGGAUACACCGUGCAGCGCUAUUAGGAACGGAGUUCUGCGUUCUUUGCCACGUUGCAAAUCGUGUUGUGAUCAAGACUUUUGCAACACCAAUUGCACACACCAUCAGUCCAUAGGCAUUAUUGCGACACUCACGGCCAUGAGAAAUCUCACUGGCUCCAUUGUUUCUAGAAUAGUAGAGGUUGAAGACCGAGUGAGGAACAAAGAGGUACAGCUGGAGUCGGAGAACAUAAAUGUUUCAAACUGUUAUUGGGAUGCGAGAGACGUAAACACACCCUCUAGCAGCCGGACACAUACAGACACAGAGGAUUGUGUGGGCAGUAUCCAUAAACGACCCAAUACAGAAUCACAUACUGAGCUGACUGGUGAACACAUCCCUGUCAGAGUAACAAUAAGAAAUGAUGAUGCCGACACACGGUCAGCUGGUGACUUCCGACGGGUUGAAACCAGACGUGGUAAGCGGUUCUGCGUGCUAAAAUUGAGCAGUCGAGUAAACACGGGCGUCUUAAAGACUGAACUAGAACAAAAAGAGCCACACGUGAGAUUUAUGAGAGUCUAUCCUCUGCGAAAGAACCAUCGGAAAGUGCUGCUCAAAAUUACUCUGACUUCCAAUGAUCAAGCAGAGCUUGUACUCACAAACAACUUCUGGCCGGACUAUGUAAAAUGUGUACCGUGGAUGUCAAGAUACGCUCAACGAAAGCAUCCGUCAACACGAGCCACUCGUGAACAGGUGUCGCGCUAUAGCAAUGGGGGUCACUAG